GUGACUGUAUUUGGAGGUAAAAUGGCGCUCACUACUCAAGGAACAAAGAAGAAAGUUUGCUAUUAUUAUGAUGGUGAUGUCGGCAAUUACUACUAUGGGCAGGGCCACCCCAUGAAGCCCCAUCGAAUUCGCAUGACCCACAACCUCCUCCUCAACUAUGGGCUCUAUAGGAAAAUGGAAAUAUAUCGCCCCCACAAGGCAAACGCAGAAGAGAUGACCAAAUACCACAGUGAUGACUACAUCAAAUUCCUGCGUUCCAUCCGCCCGGACAACAUGUCAGAGUACAGCAAACAGAUGCAGAGAUUUAAUGUGGGUGAAGAUUGUCCUGUGUUCGAUGGCUUAUUUGAGUUCUGCCAGCUUUCAACAGGAGGCUCUGUAGCCGGAGCUGUGAAGCUGAACAAGCAGCAGACAGACAUUGCCAUCAACUGGGCUGGAGGACUCCAUCAUGCUAAGAAGUCCGAGGCCUCGGGGUUCUGCUAUGUGAACGACAUUGUCCUGGCCAUCCUGGAACUCCUGAAAUACCACCAAAGAGUGCUGUAUAUCGACAUUGACAUCCACCACGGGGACGGAGUGGAGGAGGCUUUCUACACCACAGACCGUGUCAUGACCGUGUCCUUCCACAAGUAUGGAGAAUACUUCCCCGGCACUGGAGACCUCAGGGAUAUUGGCGCGGGGAAGGGCAAGUACUACGCUGUGAACUACCCUCUCCGGGACGGAAUAGAUGACGAAUCUUACGAAGCCAUAUUCAAACCUAUCAUGGCCAAAGUGAUGGAGAUGUACCAGCCGAGCGCUGUGGUCCUGCAGUGUGGAGCAGACUCCCUGUCAGGAGACCGGCUCGGCUGCUUCAACCUUACCAUCAAAGGACAUGCUAAAUGUGUGGAGUACAUGAAGAGCUUUAACCUGCCACUGCUGAUGCUGGGUGGGGGAGGGUACACCAUCCGUAAUGUGGCACGCUGCUGGACCUAUGAGACCGCAGUCGCCCUGGACAGCUCCAUCCCCAAUGAGCUCCCCUACAACGACUACUUCGAGUACUUUGGCCCAGACUUCAAACUGCACAUCAGCCCUUCCAACAUGACCAAUCAGAACACAAAUGACUACCUGGAGAAGAUCAAACAGCGCCUCUUUGAGAACCUGCGCAUGCUGCCCCAUGCCCCGGGCGUCCAAAUGCAGGCCAUCCCAGAGGACGCGGUGCAGGACGACAGCGGGGACGAGGAGGAGGAGGACCCAGACAAGCGCAUCUCCAUCCGCGCCCACGACAAGAGGAUAGCCUGUGAUGAGGAAUUCUCAGACUCUGAGGACGAGGGCCAGGGCGGGCGCAGGAACACGGCCAACUACAAGAAGCCCAAACGAGCAAAGACAGAGGAGGAGAAGGAUGGUGAGGAGAAGAAAGCAGAAGUAAAAGAAGAAGAGAAAGCACCUGCGGAGGAGAAAAUGGACACAAAGGGGGCAAAAGAAGAAUUGAAAACACCAUGAGCCACCUGAAUGCCCUCUGGAUACAGUUGCAUGAUUUUACAUUAGUAUCACAAUCCUCCCAACGGAAUGCUGCACCCAGGAGCAGCUCCCCAAGAUGACGCAGUUCUUUUCUAAAGCACAUUUUAACUCUCGGCCCUCUAAAAGUACUACAAUUAGUGUUUUUGCAUUGAUGAAUAUGAAUUAAACUUGUUGCAGUUACUUUUUUUUCCCCUCAUUUUUAAUUCCUUAGUCCCCUCCAUGUGUACUAUAUAUUUUUUUCCUUCCUUUAAAAUGUGGACGUUUAAAGUCACAAGAACGUUUUGUAGUAUCACAAGAACAGGUUUUAGCAAACUGCUUCAAACUCCCAGGGCUGGAGCAGAAAAUGGGUCCUGUUUGUUUUGUCUUUUUGUAAGUUGUAUUUCUUUGGAUUUCUGUUGGAUUUAAGUUAUUUAAAUCAUGGAUGUUUUGGCAUUUAUGGUCACAAUGUCUUCUUCUCUGUCUCUCCUGCUUUGAAGCUGGGGAUUCCAAACUUUCAGCUCCAUUUUUACUUUUAAAAUGUUCUUUUUAUAUUAUGGUACAUCGUCUUAGAGUUUAAUCACACCCCUGAUGUGGGACCUUGACUCACAGGGUUGAAUAAACUUCAAACUGUUUGUUUGGUUUUGACCAGAUUCAGUGGCGUUCCGUUUCAAUUUUGUAUGCAAAUACCUUGAGAAAUCUAGGACAGUGCCACCUCAUUGUAGUUUGGAGUUUGGAAGUUCAGUGGUUGUGAAAUGCCAGUUUAUAACCAAUUUGGUGAAGAAAAGAUUAAUAAAAACUCAAGAUGGUUUUGUCCUUGGUUAUGUUUGGAGUCCCUCCUUCUCUGGCAAUUAAUGAAUUCUGGCCUUCGAUUUAGAAUCCGUUUAUUUCCCCCCUUUUCACUCAUCAGGGAUAGAAAUGAGAUUAAGUAAACUGUUUCAGGGUCAGUCAGUCAGGAGUGAAUCUGUAGCAGGAGAAACCUCUCAUUCACCUGUCCCCCUUUAAAAGGACCAGCAGUGUGCCAUGCCAGGCUCUGUUUGUCUGUCUGUCUGUGUGUGCGCGUGUGUGUGCGUGUGUGUGCGUGUGUGUGUGUGUGUGUGUGUGUGUGUGUGUGUGUGCGUGCGCGCGCUAUUGGAUUCAUACAAUGUGGCAAGUGCACACUGAUCUUUUGGUGCUCUGUUGGUGAAGAUUUAAAGGGUAAAAUACACCCCGCACCUUUCUCGUACACAUUUCUCUUCCCAUUCUGAGCAUGUAACGAGGUUAAACGUCCUAAAAAGUCCCAUACUGACACCCCCCAUCCAGCCCUGUUAGAGAGUGCUGAGUGUGGAUUUAUCUCUGCUGACCCAACUGUGGAGUGUACAUGGGCGUAUCUGUUCAUGUCAAUGUAAGUAUAAAUUUUUUUAUUAGCUUCAAGAGAAAAGUUAUGUUGGCUUUGUUGUCAUUUUGUUGAGCUUUUUUUCCUUUUCCAUUUACAACUGGAGCAAGAAUAUUUCCAGGCACCAUACUGUUGGAAUUAGACCGCAACAGAGAAGCGUUCCCUAGAGAUGGCUGUCAUUUGCUCUUCUGUGACCUGGCUCAUGUGUGCUGUU